GUUCAGCUGUCCCAAACUUGGAGAAGCCUAAUUAAUUCUGCUUGACGUUUCCCAGGAAGUACCAAAAGCAGGAAAAAGUGGAAGAGGUUCAAAAGAAGCACAAGACACCAUAGAAUCAGAGAAGAUGCUUGCACUCCUUGACUCAUGGUCCCUUCCUCCAUCUUCAAAGCCAGCAGUGUGGCGCAUGCCAGCCCCUCUCUGACCUCUGCUUUGUCAUCUCAUUGCCUUCUGUCUUAUGAAGACCUGUGUGGUUACCUGGAGUUCACCUGCUACCACAGGACCCUUCACCUCAUCACAUCUGCAGAGUUCAUUUGCCCAAAUUUCCAGCAGGAAAAGCAGCAUUGGUUCUGUCUCGUCUACAGUAUCUAGUAAAAUUAAGGUGCCAGCCGUUCAGCCCAUAGUGAAGAAAGACAGACGGCAAAAUUCCUCCAGGUUUAGCGCCAGCAGUGAUAGAGAACUUCAAAAACUACAAUCUUUAAAAGAUGUUCCUCCUCCUGAACAAGAGAAGCUUUUUAUCCAGAAGUUACGUCAGUGUUGUGUCCUCUUUGACUUUGUUUCCGAUCCACUAAGUGACCUAAAGUGGAAGGAAGUAAAACGAGCUGCUUUAAGUGAGAUGGUGGAAUAUAUCACCCAUAAUCGGAAUGUGAUCACAGAGCCUAUCUACCCAGAAGUGGUCCAUAUGUUUGCAGUUAAUAUGUUUCGAACAUUACCACCUUCCUCCAAUCCUACGGGAGCAGAAUUUGACCCAGAGGAAGACGAACCAACGUUAGAAGCAGCCUGGCCUCACCUACAGCUUGUUUAUGAAUUUUUCCUAAGAUUUUUAGAGUCUCCAGAUUUCCAACCUAAUAUAGCGAAGAAAUAUAUUGAUCAGAAGUUUGUAUUGCAGCUUUUAGAGCUCUUUGACAGUGAAGAUCCUCGAGAGAGAGAUUUUCUUAAAACUACCCUUCACAGAAUCUACGGAAAAUUCUUAGGCUUAAGAGCUUACAUCAGAAAACAGAUAAAUAAUAUAUUUUAUAGGUUUAUUUAUGAAACAGAGCAUCACAAUGGCAUAGCAGAAUUACUGGAAAUACUGGGAAGUAUAAUUAAUGGAUUUGCCUUACCACUAAAAGAAGAGCACAAGAUUUUCUUAUUGAAGGUGUUACUACCUUUGCACAAAGUGAAAUCUCUGAGUGUCUACCACCCCCAGCUGGCAUACUGUGUCGUGCAGUUUCUGGAGAAGGACAGCACCCUCACGGAACCAGUGGUCAUGGCACUGCUCAAAUACUGGCCAAAGACUCACAGUCCAAAAGAAGUAAUGUUCUUGAAUGAGUUAGAAGAAAUUUUAGAUGUGAUUGAACCGUCGGAAUUUGUCAAGGUCAUGGAGCCACUCUUCCGGCAGUUGGCCAAGUGCGUCUCCAGCCCACACUUCCAGGUGGCAGAGCGAGCGCUGUAUUACUGGAACAAUGAGUACAUUAUGAGCCUCAUCAGUGACAACGCAGCCAAGAUCCUGCCCAUCAUGUUCCCGUCCUUGUACCGCAAUUCAAAGACCCACUGGAAUAAGACAAUACAUGGCUUGAUAUACAACGCACUGAAACUCUUCAUGGAAAUGAACCAAAAACUAUUCGAUGACUGCACCCAACAGUUUAAAGCAGAGAAACUGAAAGAGAAGCUAAAAAUGAAAGAACGAGAAGAAGCAUGGGUUAAAAUAGAAAAUCUAGCCAAAGCAAACCCCCAGUAUACAGUACAUAGUCAAGCGAGCACCAUGAGCAUCCCGGUUGCAAUGGAGACAGAUGGGCCCUUAUUUGAAGAUGUGCAGAUGCUGAGAAAGACAGUGAACGAAGAGGCUCGCCAGGCACAGAAGGACCUGAAGAAGGACCGGGCUCUGGUGCGCCGCAAGUCCGAGCUGCCUCAGGACCUCCACACCAAGAACGCCUUGGAGGCUCACUGCAGAGCCGACGAGCUGCUGUCCCAGGACGGCCGCUAGCUGCCCUCCUGCCGGCUCGGUCCUGGAUUCUGUAGAAAACACAUACUUUUGUGCCAUACAAAUCAGUUACACUCAGAGUCAGAGCUUUCUUCGCCCCCAUCCUGUAGGCAGUAAUGCACUCCGUCCCCAGCUCGAGAUUAGGAGUUCAAACAAUGGUGACUCAGACCCAGGCAGAGCCGGCCACGGUGUCCCCGCCACGGUCCCAAAUAUGACAGCGAACCAAAAUCAGCACCCUGGUCAUCACCUUCACCUUCUACCCAAAUGGAAUUGGUGAUUGUUUAAAAUAAAUAGUUCUAAGAGUAUCAAUGUUUUUCGAAUCAAAGAAACACUUAAAAAAAUUUCAUAUUUUUAAGACUUAACAACCUUUGAAGUUGUUUCCAUGUGAUUGUUUACACCAGCAAUGUCUUUCUGUUUUUGAUGUGUUUUUUUUUUCAAUUUCAUUAAAAUGAUUUUUUGCUGUCAUUGUUCUAACACAGGAAAAGUGACAAUCCUCAGCCGCUGUUUCUUCCUGAGGUGUCCUUCACUUUGAGCAGCGACAUGUACAUCAUGUCUGACUUCUUUCGUGUAUUUCUAAAGCCAUAUUUGCCCGUUGGUGGUCCGGCACCAGGACUCCAGGAGUAAGCUCAUAGGAGAAAUUUAUUUUACAAAGAGCUCUUUCUGCCUCCCGUGGCUAGGAUUGGAAUUUUUAAAACGAUGUGUUCAUUUUGGGGUUUGCAGAUUUUCUUUUUCUGUACUUACACGUGUUGCCCUUUAGCAAGGCUCUUGAAUUAAUAAAAUUAGAGUCUCUAAGAAUUCCACACCUGAUAGAAGGCUAGGAUGAGAACAUUCUGCGUUAAGCCAGUUCUUGGCCAGCAGCUGCCUUUGGGCAAACGUAGCCACACCGUGCACGCCGGGCGCUAGCGUGACACUCAUUAUUGUGUGACGUGGUGCUGAGAGCCGAGGGAGGAACAGGCGGAUGGCUUCAGGUGAACCCCUGUGUGGAAACGAGCACACCUUAUAUGCACUUCUAAGGAAAGUACCGUGUCUGAGUUUUCAUCAAAUGCUGCUAUAUAUUUCCCAGACUUCCUUGCAUGUGUUGAGCUUCUCGUUUUCGAUGGAAUAGCACGAGGAAAAUUCUUUAAACUUAGUGCUUUGUAUGUUUUAUUUCUCUCAGGGUGGCCAGUAUCUUGACUUAUUUAUCUGCUUGAAAGCUAUUUGAGAUGUGUACUGCUCUCCUAAACAAGUGAUUCUAGGGUGUUUUUGUCUCCAGCAUAAGAUUAUAUAACUUAAUGUUAAAUGUCUUUAUGCAUAAAAGAUGCAACGUGGCUUCUUUUAGGAUUUGUCUUCUAUUCGAGGUCUUGGUAUCCACUCAUUGUAAAAGCAGACUGUCGUUCCCUGCCACUUAAAUCCACAGACUAUGUAUGUCCCAUGUGUUGGAGGAGACUCAUUUGGGGGGAGGGGACUUCCUGUGUGGAGCACGCGUGCUGGAUUCAGAGUGCCCAGCCGCCAGUGGAAAGCCCGCUGCGUGAGCAGACACACUUCCUGAGAAACUUGACAAGUAUUGAUCCAUUUUACCAUUAUGAAAUUUGCGAUUACAAAAAAAGUUUAGAUGCCUUCUCCUUUUGAGGGAAAAAGGGUGCUUUUUAUUGUAUAAAGCAGCAUCUUAUGUAUUUUGAUAUACCAUUGUUUGAACUUCCGUCUUUGGCUGACAGAUGCUCAGAUAGCCUUGAUUUUGGAUGUUCAGUAUGUUUGUGAGAGAGCUUUCUGGAAGACUCUUAUGCCCUAAAAAAUAGCAACAUUUCAAUGUUUGGGUGAUUGUGUAAAGCUCAAAGUAUAAGAACAUCUUUUGUCUAGGUUUUAUUUCUGCUCUUUAUUGAAGACAAACAUUCACCAAAAAAAGGGAAAAAGCGUUUUGAGAGAAACUAAUUUUCUUUGACAAGAGUAUUAUUUAAUAUUUUGGCCUAUUAAAGUUUUCCUAGUUAGUAUUCAGAUGCCCUGUGCUAAUUGUUCAACUUAUAUAUUAUUAUAUAGAUACAUUGUUUAUUCUGUACCAACUGAUUUCAAAAGUACUACAUUGAAAAUAAACUGGUGACUGUUUUUCUUCAUAAAGUUCUGCGUUUGGCAUCUUCACUCUUUCCCAAAUGUCCCUAUACAUCAGAAAUGUCACUGUUCCGAGUGUCUUUUUAGUGUGGCUGUAGUAUGGCUUCCUUUUAAUAUUGUACAUACAUUGUAUCUUUGUUUUAUGGUAAUAAUAAAAAUGUAGACUUCAUAUUUUGUACAAAAUGUCCUAUGUACAGAAUAAAAAAGUUCAUAGAAACAGCAAAAAUA